UUGAGUCGGUUAGCUUUUUCCGACUCUAAAUUAACAAUUUUAUUUCUUUAGUUUUAUAAGAUUAAGUAUAGUACAUAAAACAACCUACAUUAAAACUUAUGUUUGAGAAUAUAACUUAUAAAUAUUUAUUAUAAUUUCGUGGUUAUUUUAAAUGCAUCUUACUUUUAACACAUUAUGAAAGUUGUCUGUUAACUUCCAUUUAAUCUAUGUUAAUUUAUUUUUACAUUUAAAUUGUAUCAAACAAAGUGUCGUGAAAAAGAAAACUGUUUCGUAACCUUAAAAAUUGUAAGUUAAUCUAAUGCACCAUGCGCAAUAUUCGACCCCUAACACCAGCAUUGGUUAAAAAAGCCUCCGAAGAACUAAAUGAAAACCCAAAUGAUGUUCAGUUUUACUUAGACUCACUGAAACACUGGCUAACCAGACAACGUCACCUAAAGUCACGUACUCAUGAUCAGUUUUUAAUUGCAUUUCUACGUGGCAGCAAAUACAGUUUGGAAAAGUGUAAGAAGAAAAUUGAAAGCUUCUACACAUAUCGAGCCCUAAUGCCGGAAUUAUUCAAAGACCGUGAUAUAAAUGAUCCAAAGGUUUAUGAGAUUUUAAAAUUAGGUUCAAUGUUACACCUGCCACAACCAAUAUCCGAAGAUGGACCCCGAGUGAUAAUGCUUCGUUUUGGUAACAUAGACUUCCAUCGUUUCAAAGUUGUUGAAGUUUUCAAAAUUGGCAUAAUGAUGGCCGAUUUGUGUUUAUAUGACGAUGAUAAUGCCAUUGUUGCUGGUUAUGUAGUUGUCAUGGAUUUGGCUAAUCUAACGCCGUUUCAUUUAUUUAAUUUUGAUCCGAUAUUUGCUAAGAAAAUCACAAUCAUGACAAACAAAGCCUUGCCAUCGAGAAUGAAAGGAUUUCAUUUCAUCAAUAUGCAACCAUCAAUUCAGAAAUGUUUCAACAUGGUUAAGGGUGUGAUAAAUGAGAAGCUGAAACAUAGAUUUUAUUUCCAUGGUGGUGAUUUGGAAAACCUUUACAAACACAUCCCAAAGCACUGUUUUCCUGUUGAAUAUGGCGGAAAAUGUGAAACAAUUGAUGACAUUAUUCAGAAAUGGGAAGUCAAAUUGAAGAAACACAAAGAUUUCUUUAUUGAAGAAGAUCAAUAUGGAUGUAAUGAGAAAUUUCGAGACGAGGGAACUUCUGUGGUCGAUUCGUUUUUUGGGAUAAAUGGAUCAUUUAGGAAGCUUACAAUUGACUAGAUUGUGCCUAUGUUUCGCGUAGUUAAAAUAUGAUUAUGAUGAGUUCUUAGACACUGUUCACAUUGGACUCUUUUCGAGUGACUUAUUUUGACACAUCUCUUGCACUUUCGUAUAUCUUUUGUGCUAUUAAGUGACAAAGUUAUAUGGUUAUGAGGUGUCGUAUUCAGUCGCACCGUAACGAAUCCAACGUGAACACAGUCUUUGUGUACUUUAUUUUAAAAAUUUUACAGCCAAAACUGUUCGUAGGUUUUUUAAAUGUUUAUAAUAUUUGAAUAAAAAAGACAAAAAAUAUACUUUUGCAAUCAG